AUGACCCCAAGAACAGUGUGGUUUGUUACUCCCGAACAGCCAUACCUUGGCAAUACCCCCUCCAUGUUCUCCAUAUAUGGCAGCAAUGUCGACAGCAACAGUCCGGCAGUGCUACACCUUCCUCUAGACGCAGAUCCAAUUGCCUGGUGGGGUGCUUAUGUACCAUUAGAGUCAUGGACUCCUCCCAAGCUGAGAAAAUCCAAGUUCAAAGGAGUAGUCGGAUUGGCGGACUAUCCAUGCUUUCAAACAUACAAGCUAUGCUUCAAUGGCCACUUUGAUGAAGUCACAAGCAUGCUGUCUGAUAUGUAUCUUUUGGAAAGCAUGCGGACCUCUGACAUUAUGGGAUCCAUCGCCGACAUCACCAGAAGCAAUGACCGGGAUCCACAUGACUGUGGAUGGGAUAAUCCUAGUUUGCAGGGGUCAGCAGAGGCAUAUGCCAGUGAAUGGCACCAUCCUGGCCAUGAUGUAGGCAUCGCCGGUUCAAGUGAAUUGGUGGCGGAUGCCUACAAUUGUGGAUGGGACGAUGUGAUGCAUGACGAAAGCAUCAUGCUUGCGGUGGAGGAUCGGUAUGACUGCGGAUGGGGUGAUCCGAUGGAUACUGAUAAGCUAUUCCCAGUGGUGAUGGAAGAACAGCACCAUGAGGAUGUAGACCCAUCUGUGGCUGAGGACCCGUAUGAUUGUGGAUGGGAUGGCAGAGAGGUUGAACCAACUGUGACAGCCGGUGAUGAUAUGGUUGACCUUGUGUCAUCCGGUAUGCCAAUAGGUAUGCCCAGCACGCAUGCAGGAAAUGAAAACAAUGUCUUCCAACAUGCAGAGCAUUCUAUGCGACAUGCCAUCCGACACCUACGCAGUAUUUGGCAUCAGGAUGUCAAUUCAUACCUGAACAACAUACUGCCCACUACCGAGGGUGGCCGUGACCCCAUGCCAGCAUUGACGCAUAUGGCGAAUCGAGAUGGUCUGGGGAAAUACUCGGACGCAGUGAUCAAAGCGACAGAACUAAGCGAGGGCAUUGCAACCAUUCAUCAUUUCCUUAAUGUACACCGCCGGCUCAUGGAACAACUGGACGACAUGAUUACAACUUGUGAAAGGGGUGGUCGGGCUACAUAA